AUGUUGGGCCUCAAAGCGCGCAUGGCCAUCAUCGACAACUCGGGAGGCCUUAUUGCAGAGUGUGUCAAUGUACUGCGAAACAAGACAACACAGGGCCUCGGUCGGGUCGGUGACGAGAUCGUUGUUGUCGUACAAAAGGCACGGCCCAUCUCCAACACUCCAGGUCAAGCAAGUACACAGAAGGUGCGAAGAGGCGACGUCCGACAUGCCGUAAUCGUGCGUACCAAGAAGGAGAUGACGAGGCCGGACGGCCGGGUCAUCCGAUUCGACGACAAUGCUUGCGUGCUCCUCAACAACAAGAAAGAGCCGCUGGGGACCCGAGUCAAUGGUGUCGUUGCCAACGAGCUCCGUGCGGCAGGGUGGGGUAAGAUCGCGAGUUUGGCUCCCAAGGUCAUCUGA